CUUCACCCCGAGACCAUGGGCGGUGCCUUGCCCGGCGUUCCAGUUUCAUACCUGUGAAGAGUUUUAUCAGUGACCGUGUCAGAGAUGGACGGCCGGAUUCCUUAUGAUGAUUACCCAGUGGUUUUCCUGCCUGCUUAUGAGAACCCCCCAGCAUGGAUUCCUCCUCAUGAGAGGAUAUACCAUCCAGACUAUAACAAUGAACUGACUCAGUUUCUGCCCCGAAUCGUCACACUGAAGAAACCUCCUGGAGCUCAGUUGGGAUUUAACAUACGAGGAGGAAAGGCCUCUCAGCUUGGCAUCUUCAUCUCCAAGGUGAUUCCUGACUCUGAUGCACAUCGAGCAGGACUUCAAGAAGGGGACCAAGUUCUAGCUGUGAAUGAUGUGGAUUUCCAAGAUAUUGAGCACAGCAAGGCUGUUGAUAUCCUGAAGACAGCCCGUGAAAUCAGCAUGCGUGUUCGCUUCUUUCCCUACAAUUAUCAUCGCCAAAAAGAAAGGACUGUGCACUAGCAUUGCAACCUUCAGCCUUCCACAUGGAAUCUUCUAGAGCAAGCUAGCUUGACCCUGGGGAACCCACUCAGGAAACUACUCUCAGCUUCUCUCUGACAUAGCUGAGUGCGGAGGUUGGGGGACAGUGAAGCCCUAUACUGAGAUAACUAAAUAAUUUCAUUAUCUUAACUAUACUGCACUUUUUAUUCCCUAGUUUCAUUUCAUUGGGGGGAACCAUACCUGGCCAUGUUUAGGGGAUAUAUCUGAUUCUUUGCUACCUUUAUGUGGUCCUAGGGAUCAAUCAACUCAGGGUCAGCCAGAGUGGCCAUUUGCAAGACAAGUGCCUUAACUCCUGUACUCUUUUGCAGCCUCCCCCCAUUCUGGUUUGCUUGCUUUUGUUGUGGGGGGGCCACACCCAGCUGUGCAUAGGUCUUACUUCUGGCUCUCUGCUCAGGAACCACUCUGGUUGAGGCUUGGGGAACCAUGGGGAGUGCCAGGAAUUGAACCUCGGUUGGCUGGGUGCAAGGCACGCACCCUACCUACUGUACUAGUCUCUAUGACUCCCCUCCUGGAUUUCUAGGUGAGCUUAAUUUUUGCAAGAGGAAGUAGAAAGAUGAUGAUUUGUAAGUAUAGCCCAGCCUGUGAAGAACUCUACUAGAAAAGGCAACUGACACUUACCAUGUCCUAGGCAAUUACACAGAUAUCUCUGUUUUUGAUAGAAUAUAGAAAUCAGAUUUUUAAAAAGUUUUGGGACCUGCCAUCAAAUCUGCCUAGUCAUCUUUUUUUCUUUAUUUCUUUUGGGCUUUGGGGGCCAUUCCUAACUGUGCUCAGGGCUUACUCCUGGCUCUGAACUCAGGGAUCACUCCUGGUGGAGCUCAGGAGACCAUAAAUGGUGCCAGGAAUCAAACCUGGGUUGGUUGCAUGCAAAGUAGAUGCCUUACCCACUGUACUGUUUUUUCAUCCCAUGCUUCGUCAUCUUUUCCCAUCUUUAUACUAUUAGUCUUACACGCUUGGGAGAACCUGUGGGACCCUAUUCCCCCUCCCCUUGCUCCUAUUCUUCCAAAAGUAAAACCCAAUGCUGAGAAAACAUUGUGACUUUUGCAUGACAUUGAUUGGGUGUAAAAUGGCUAUUGAGACAAAAAUAAAUGGUCUCAUUAAUAAUUCCAUCCUGGUCCAAAGAGGCUAUUCCUCAUCAAACUGGAAGGAACACAGCAGCUCAAAGAAAGGAGCCACUGAAAGUAACAGAAACACCAGAUCUUCAUAGCUAUAUCUGCUCAGAGCAAUGCUGAAGCUAAGAAACCAUAGCCACAGUAUAAUGGGAGAAUGGCAAUAGGAGAGGUAUAUUAGAGGAAGUAGGGCCUACCACCCUGAGUAUUGAACAUUUUCAUGAAAGGGGCAGUAUUGUAGUUCUGUCUUUUCUUUUAUAGAUUAUUUGAUCUGGAAUAAAAACUGUAAAGGUGAGACUAAGAUGCAUUUCUUUUGAGGGGCAGCAGUAAGA